AAGUUCUGAGAGCGCCUGGGCGGGGCGGAAGAGGGAACACGUCAUCGUCGCGGAACCUCACAGCCUAGCAACGAGAGGUGGGGCCUCGCCACGUCUGUGUUCCGAUUCCGAACCCGUCACCCCGCCGUUCCCGCAAAGAUGGCCGCUGCCAGGGAGAGGAGACGGGCGGCUGUGAGAGAGGCGUCCCCGCCGGGCCGGGCCCUGUCCUUGUCCCUGCUGCUGCUGCUCGUUGGCCUGGCCUGGCCGGCCUGCGGCCUGCCGGUCAAUGCUACUGCAGAUGCUCCUAAAAAUGACAGUGAAGUAUUAAAUACAUCUCAGUUUUCAACACCCAGUCUGCCCAAUUUGAUAACUACAACAAAAAAACCGUCCUCAGCAACUCUUAAAGUCGAUAAUAUUGUCACGCUUAGACCAGCUAUCGUGAGGGAUGACCCAGCCACAUCUGCUGCUACUCAUUCCACAUCUGUUAGCCCCAUUUCAGAAAUGGAUGUGGAUGCUUCUGAAGAUACUAAAAUUGUGGAAGAGGGUCUCCUAACAGAUUUCAAAGACAUACUGAAUAGUUCACCACCAACAGCAAAAGAAACUGUGGAGCUUGAUGGGCGCGAUGACUAUGGCCCUUAUGAGGGGACGUCCAAUUCCAGAUAUAAUACAGACCUAGAUUUGCCGGAAGAUGAGAAGACUGAUAGCUUUGGCAGUUAUAAUGAGCACAUUAAAUCUCAUGAUGCCAAGAUAAAGGAUUCUGUCUCGGGAUUGGAAGAAGACACCCAUUUCUUUUUCCACCUGGUUAUUAUUGCUUUCUUAGUAGCUGCUGUUUAUAUCACAUAUCAUAAUAAGAGAAAGAUCUUUUUAUUGGUCCAGAGCCGAAGGUGGCGUGAUGGUCUUUGCUCGAGAACAGUGGAAUAUCAUCGUUUAGAUCAAAAUGUUAAUGAAGCAAUGCCUUCACUGAAGAUAACCAAUGAUUACAUUUUUUAAAAGCAUCCGUUUGCUGAAUUAGUCCUUUUCUUUGCCUGACUUUUUAUAUAAUGUUGUGCAGUGUCUGCCAUAAAGAGUUUGUACUGAAAUGAGAGAGCUCUCUUGCCUGGAUGGGUUUGAGAUUAAAGCUCAUGUAAAACAAAGGGCAUGUAUUAUUAGCAUUAAAUUCUUUGUCGACACUUAAGUUUCAAAUCACAUGUACAGAAACUAUAUUGAAACAAUGUAUUUCACUUGUUUUUUUCCCUUUAUUUCAUUUUAUUUUGUGCAUCCUUUCUUUCUGUCUAGAGCAGUGCCAACAGGGCUAAUAUAAAAAUGUGGGCAUAAAACAUUUUAGAUCUGAUAAAUUGAGUCUGCCAUCACUGAAUCAAAUUAAUUGUCUUUCUGCAAAUCAUUAAUAUGGCUCAUAAAUCCUGCUAUCUUACACAGGUUAAAAAUGUAUUUUCCAUGUAUAGAUUGCUUAGUGCUCCAAAACUUUCUUCUAGAUAUCUUUUGGCUAACUCAGACUCUUCUCACAUUAGGCUACCUAAUGUGACAAACUUUAUGCUCAUAUUCUUCCCUAGAUUCUUCAUUCAGUAAAGUAUUUAAAAUAAUUAUGUACUAAGCAUGACUUGAAAUCAAGUUAUACCUUACAUUUCUUUGGAAUAUCCCAGGUUUGCAUGAAAGUGUUGCUGUUUCUUGAUUGCCCAAGAUUUACUCUGUAACUAUGCUUAUGGAAACUUCAUCUAUCUUUUUAAGAUUAGUGAAUUGAAAAUAAACUUCAUAGUGUAAUUAUUUAUAAAAUAAAAAUAUAUCUAGCAGGCAAGUGCAACAAAGAUUUCCCCAGAAUUUUAAGGCAGUUUUGGAUGUAAUCAUGUGGUUUCUUAUAUGCUACAAACAUGUUAAGUCUGGGAAUGUAAGAGUGAUUGAUUUUGAUAUUAUCCUAAACACAAGUAAUUGGCAGGUGUGGUAGAAAUUAAGAGUGUAUGGGUUGCCAUGAUCUACAGACAACACUGCACCUUUAUUUAAUUUUGACAGAAUUAAUUUUACAUGUGAAUUAGGUGUAUAGCAAGUUAUUGGUAUGUUUCGGGUUUUUUUACCUUGUCCUAUGUAGUUCAGCUAUUUGUUUUUCCAUGAGAUGUAAAAUAUACAAUUUCAUAGUUUUUUCCUUUUUGUAUAUUGUGAUUUAAUUUUCAGAGAUGAUAAAUAUCUAAAUAACAAUGACUAAGAACCGCAAUUAAUGACUUGGUAUACAGGUGGUAAUGUACUGUUUUGAAAAGUCAAAACUUUACAGAUUUUUGCAUGAGAAGAGUUGUCAUGGCAUGAUAUGUUAUGGGUGAAAUACUGCAUAAAUAGUAAGUAAAUUCUUACAGUUACAUGCUUUCUUUUGAUUACCAUAAGAAAGUGAAGCAUAAACAAUAUGCCAGAACUAUUUUCUUGCAGUAAUUUUUAUCAUAUUUGGACUUGUUUCACAUAAUAUUUUGAAUAAUGUUUUUAAAAUAGGAAGAAUAUAAGUUUUGUUUUUUUAAUAAUUUGAUCAGUUUGAACAUGUUCAUGUUAAGUAGCAUAUUCCAAUGACAGUGAAUAAUUUAUCUUCUGUUUAGGCUUGAACAGAGCAUUGCAAACUAUCUUUUGGCACUCAAAACAACUGUUUUUGCCAUUGUGUGUGGAUUCACUCUGUAAGGAAUCCUUUAUAUGAUGAUAUAGGCAUGGUAUGUGUGACAAACCAUUUGCACUUUCCAGCACCUCUGCUGCCAUUCAUCUCAGAGUCUUGUGGAGUCAGGUUUUCAAUAAGUGUCACCUUGUGCAGUAUCACUGUUUGUUUUUUCCAGUAGAAAUGUGUAAGAAUAACAACUUAGAAAAAUUAUCAGGUGGGUUAUUUUAAACCCACCUUAAGUAUAGUUUACAGAAUAUGGAGGGAGGGAGAGAAAGUGUCCAAGCCAUAACACUGAUAUGAUAAAUUUGUAUUGAAACAGUAACACAAUGCAUCUGUUUUUGUUUUGUUUAUAACUGUGGAGUUCAUGGAUGCAUUACUUUUUUUCCUUCCAUUUGAGUCAUCCUCAGUUCUGUGAAGUACAGUUCUGAGCUUUACUGGUAAACAAUAGCUUUAAUUAGACCUGCUAUAAUUAUUUCCCACUCAGAAGGGCUGAAAAAACAAUAUCCUAUUACAAGAUAUGCAUUCUUUGCCUGUAGUGUAGCAAAUGCUUUCUGGGGAAAAUGAGAUGGCAGACCAACCCAGCCAUACCUUAUCCUUAAGAGACUAAGAAUGGUGUCUUGAAAUGUAAAUGAUUAAAAUUAUAACAGUUGUGACAAUACUAUCUUUUUUGCAAAAAUGUGCCUUCCUUGUUCUGUGACAGUCAUUGUGAUGCAAUAGUUGAGAUUGGUUUUUGGUUUUGCAUUUAAAGUAUGAGUGUCCUGUCUGUUUUAUGUACAAAAUGUAGCUUAUCUGUCCCAAAUGUUCAGCACACACAUUCAGUAAAACUUGAAUCUUCUAA